AUGCUCCAAGCUCUGUCGUCUACGCUGCUGCUGCUGCUGCUGCUGCUUCUGCCUCAACUUCUCAUCCGCCGCACACACACAUCGCAUCCCACCAAAAAUUCCUUCGCAGCUACCCAGCACCACACCUCCGCCGCUUUAGCCAUUGCCAAUCACAGUCUCCCUCCAAGAAAAGCCUACACAUUUUUUUCUUGUCGGGUCUCAUCAUCAACGUGGGCGUGUAGAAAAUCGAAGAUUGCCAGCUCCUUCACCCCCCCUCCAAAUCCAUACCUAGGUACUGAAUUGGGCGAACCGAGCCUUCAUUUGGUUUUUACACUUCAACAAAGAGUUGCCAGCCCUAUUGCUGUCAUUUUCAAGACACAUACCGAAGAUCCACCGAUCUUUCAAAUAGAAAGGAACCAUAUAUCAGGUUUCUUGAUCUCCCUAAAUACAUUCGCUGUGGUGUUCGGGGUGACGGCUGGCGAAAAAAUCGUUUCUCUGGAAAGCUCUCCGGAUUAUAAGUUUCUGGCUCUUGAAAUUCAAUAG